AAAAUUUAAGCAAAAAAAGUUACAGAAAUUAAUAUAAACAUUAAAGUUAUGUAAAGUUAAUGGUAGUAAAAUUUCGAAGAUGGCAAAACGAAGACUACAAGAAGCUAUUUUGGCCGGUCAAGAUAUCGGAAUUGGUGACUAUGACAUCACAAACAGCUUUUCAAAACACAAGAAUGCAUCUUUGUUAAGUAAGAUUCCGCUUUCUCUAGAUAGAUGGGGAAUAUACAGCUUACAGUAUGAUAAUGAUGGUAAAGACCUGGCAGUUGGUUUUGGGAACGGCGGUAUUUGUGUGGUUGGCUCAAAUAAAUGCACAGUUGUCAAUGAUGUCACUUCAGGCCAUAGAAAAGGUCUUGCUGUUAUGAGUCUUAUUUAUCUUAAAGAAAACGACAAAAAGUUGCUUUCCGCUGGGGCCAAUGGGAAAAUUUAUUUGUGGGAUUUAUCAAGAAGUCAGAAAUCUGAAGCUGCUGCAAGUUUGGAGGAAGAAGGGAAUGAAAUAAGCGCGUUGGAUAUUUCUUGUGAUGGGAAAUUCUUUGCAACUGCGGGGAAGGAUAGACACAUAAGGAUCUAUGACACAAAUACUUUCCAGCUUUGCUGUUUAAUGGAAGCACCAGAUUACAUUACAAUGGAUGAUAUCAGCAUAUUCAGUGGGCACACAAAGCGUGUGUUUGCAUUAAAAUGUCACCCUAAUGACCCAAAUCUAUUUGUAACAGCUGGAUGGGAUAACUGCAUUAAGUUAUGGGAUAGAAGGAUUCUUCGAAGCGCGAAAAUGUCAAUCCCAGGUCCCCAUGUUUGUGGUGCUGGUCUAGAUAUGAGCAACAACAUGGUACUAAGUGGGUCUUGGUCUGCCAAGAACGCAUUACAGUUAUGGGAUCUAAGGUCAGGGUUGCUGGACCGAAACAUAACUUAUCCACAUGACGAAAAAGCAGAGGGUGAGUUCUUGUAUUGCGCAAAGUUUGGGGUUGGAGAUUUGGUUCUUGCUGGUGGAAGUGGCACUAACACAGCGUGUGCAAUCAACAUGACAAGUAACAAGAUGCACAGAAUAAUUGAAAGCUCAAAACCAAUCCUUACACUUGAUGUUUGUAAGUCUAGCAAGAUAAUGGCAGUUGGUGGAAUAGGAGGAAACUUACAGUUAUGCGCUCUUAAUUAAACGCAAUCACAUUCUGUAGUGACUUAUUGUACAAAUAACUUUACAUAGUUUAUCUCUUGUUUAAUGUUGUUGUACCAAUUGUAAAAUUGCAUUCACUUAGUUUAUAUUAUGUGUUGUCCAUGUCCAUUAUACUGAAUGCGUGUUGUAUUGGCAUCAAUCGUAAUUUUCUAUCCGCUACUAUAACACCUUUAUUAGGCGCUAUUUCGUACAUAUAUCUCAAGUCAAGUGAAAUAGCAACGCAGUAUUUACAUGUUUACCGUCUUGAUAAGCCCACCACAUUGCAGGGUACGCUAUUUACCUUUAUAUUUUCACUUUCGUUUUGUCACUGUGUGUUUUAGUCCUAAAUUUCUACCAUAACAUAUAAGCAUUGCAGCAAAGUUGUAUGACGUUAUAAGUUACCAAGCUGCUUUGAUUCGUAUCGGUUUGAAUAGCUAUGUGACGUAUGUAUUGUUGUUGUAACAGCAUAAUAUAGAAAGCCCAAAAUAUAAAA